ACUAAGUAUACGGGUCAGGAUAUGAGGGUGUGAAGAUGGUAGGUCCAAGUCAACGUUCCCGAAGGGCCGAUUCCGCCGACCCGGAAAUAACCCCUUCCAUCAUACAACAAGACCCCGACAACUGCUUCCGUAUCCUACUGGCAACGGAUAAUCAUAUAGGAUACGCUGAAAAAGAUCCAGUUAGAGGACAAGACGCUAUCAAUACUUUUCGUGAAAUCCUCCAGAUUGCCAAAGAGGCAGAUGUGGAUUUCAUCCUCCUAGCAGGUGACUUAUUUCAUGAGAAUCGACCAAGUCGAACAUGUAUGCAUCAGACCAUCGCCUUGCUUCGGGAAUAUACCAUGGGCGAUAAACCGAUUUCAUUCGAAUUAAUGAGUGAUCCUAUGGAAGGUAGUACACCGGGUUUCUCCUUCCCAGCAGUCAAUUACGAAGAUCCAAAUUUGAAUAUUUCUAUACCUGUCUUUUCGAUACAUGGGAAUCAUGAUGAUCCGCAAGGUACUGGACCUGAAGGUGCUCUAUGCGCUUUGGAUGUGCUCUCGGUGUCUGGAGUGCUUAAUUACUUUGGCAAACUCGACCUUACGGCAGAUGAAGCGGCUGCCGACCCUUCCGACCAAGGGAUAAAGAUCCGACCAGUCCUCAUACGCAAGGGAAACACACACCUGGCAAUGUAUGGAGUUGGGAAUGUCAAAGAUGCCAGAAUGCACUAUGAGCUUCGAAGUAAUCGAGUCAAAAUGUUCAUGCCGGAUGGAGGUGGGGAAGUCAGAGAUGACGAUUGGUUCAAUAUGUUGCUGAUACACCAAAAUCGCGUCAAACAUGGUCCUCAACAAUCGGUCCCAGAGGGCAUGUUUGAUGAUUCUAUCAACCUCGUGAUAUGGGGACACGAACAUGAUUGUCGUAUCUGGCCUGAGAGGGUAGAAGGGAAAGACUACUAUAUUUCUCAGCCGGGAAGUUCAGUAGCGACCAGCUUAGCUCCAGGAGAAGCUAUCCCAAAACAUGUUGGCAUAUUGUCAAUACAAGGCAGUCAAUUCCAAAUUGCCGAGAUACCACUAAAGACGGUUCGACCGUUUGUGAUCGAGGAAGUCGUCUUGACAGAAGCUGCUGCGAAUCCAAGAAACAAAAUAAAUCUGGAGGAGCGAGACACAAUAACGUCCUUCCUACGUGCGCAGGUGGAGAGACUCAUAGCCAAGGCUAGGGAAGAAUGGGAAGAGCUGCAUUCCGGUGAUGAUGAGGAGAUGAUGUUGCCACUCAUCAGACUGAAAGUAGAGACGUCCGAGGUCAAGGAAAUGACCAAUCCAGUCCGAUUCGGUCAAGACUUCGUAGGCCGUGUUGCCAACCCUCGCGAUAUUUUGCAAUACUAUCGCAAGAAGAAAAUAGCUGAAAGAAAGCCCCAAAACCGGCCCGAUGCCCCAGACAUCGAAGACGACGACGAAGAUUGGGGACCCGAUGAUCUGGCCGCUAUGACGACCAACGAUCGAUUGUCCAAAUUGAGGAUGGCGACGCUUGUCAGGCAAUACCUACAAGCGCAGAAUCUGGAGGUGUUGGUGGAGAAUGGGCUGGAGGACGCCAUCAUGCGUUUCGUUGACAAAGACGAUAGGGAUGCGAUCAAAGAUUUUGUUGUGGACACUGUCAAAACUGUGGGAAGGGAUAUGCGGACGAAGGAAGUGGAUGAAGAUGACGUGGAAGAGCAUAUGGUUCGGGCGAAAGAGAUGUAUGAGAGGUCUCAAAGCCGUGUAGCUUCUCAAUGGGAGACGGAGCACAAAGGUCGGGAAGAUAACUCGAAAUCAAGGAAAGCCAAGAAUAGGCCGAAAGACUCAGACGAGGAUAGUAUGGCUGCUGAAGAUAGCAGGAUGGAAGUCGACUCUGAAGCUUCGUUUCAGCAAAGCAGUGCGGUAGGUCGUGGGAGAACCACGUCAUCUACCGGGACGAAAAGUCGGGCCAAAGGAAAACAACCAUUAUUUGACCAAGAUGACGAAGAGGAAGAAGAAGAGGUCGUACCCGUCAAAAGAAAGGUCCCAGCUUCCACAUCCAAGACCAAACCUCCUGCUAAAACGACGACCAAGAAAACUCCAGCUAAAACAAAUACCAAACAAGCACAAUUGACGUUCGGAAAGAAGCCGACGGGAAAAGCAAAGCCAAUUGAACUGUCCGAUGAUGAUUGAGUC